AAACAGUCGCACGUCGACUCCCACACGAUGACAAGUUGUGUACAUUUAACGCAGGCCAGGAUGGUGCGCUGGAAUUUAUACCGAUUUCUGCUUUUGAUCGACAGUGAGAAAGGAGCGGUCAUACUGACUAGCGCCUGUCAGGUAUAAGUGAAACGGACUGCGACAACAAAAUAAAUUGAACUAACGUAAUGGAAAUCAUGG